UCAGCCAUAUGUUUUACAAGUCAGUGUAGCUGCGUACGUGGGCUGGAUCAAUGGCGUCACAUGAUUUGAUUGUCUGACCACUGAUAUGUCGAAAAGCUAAGGAAGGAAGAAAGAGAUCUGCCCAGGCCUGGCAUCCUCUCUAUCUUGAAUGUUUGUGGAAUGGCUGCAGUUUGGCAGCAGGUGUUGGCAGUGGACGCAAGGUACAAUGCUUACCGCACGCCUACGUUCCCACAGUUCCGCACGCAAUACAUCCGCCGACGCAGCCAGCUGCUCAGGGAGAACGCCAAGUGUGGCUUUGAGCCAGGGCUGCGCAGGCAGUACUUGAGGCUGCGUGGCCAGCUACUGGCCCUGCGCUACGGGCCCCUGUCCGAACAGAGCAGCUUCAGGGCCAGCAGUGUGCGCAGCUCCCGCACCACACUGGACCGCAUGGAGGAUUUUGAGGAGGACCCACGUGGUCAAGGGGCUCGUGGUCACCGCCGGUCUGUGAGCCGAGGCUCCUAUCAACUGCAGGCACAGAUGAACAGAGCUGUCUAUGAUGAGAGGCCCCCAGGCGCUUUGGUGCCAACCUCUGUGGCAGAGGCUAGCCGUGCCAUGGCUGGAGAUACCACUCUGAGCGAAAACUAUGCUUUUGCUGGCAUGCACCAUAUAUUUGACCAGCAUGUUGAUUCUGCUGUUCCAAGGCUGCAGUUUGCUAACGAUGACAAGCACCUCCUAGCCUGUUGCUCAUUGGAUGGCACCCUGUCGAUCAUGACUCUGUCAACGACUCCGCCCAGUGUAAAGGUGGUCCUGAAGGGUCAUGCGGGCCCUGUCACCGACUUCGCUUGGUCGCUUAGCAAUGACAUCAUCGUCUCAACGUCAAAGGACGGGACACUGCGUAUUUGGAACACGGAGGAUGGGAGGUGUAUCCGUGAGGUCAGAGACCCUGAAGCCAGCGAACUGCUCUGCUGCACCUUCCAGCCCAUGAACAACAACCUCACUGUGGUUGGGAACACUAAGCACCUCCUGCAGGUGGUGAACAUCUCCACUGGAAAGAAGGUCAAGGGAGGUUCCAGUAAGCUGACAGGACGGGUACUGUCAAUGUCCUUUGAUGCCCCAGGGAGAAUCCUGUGGGCCGGGGAUGACCGAGGCAGCAUCUUUUCUUUUCUCUUUGACAUGGCCACCGGGAAGCUGACAAAAGCCAAGCGGCUGGUGGUGAGUGAGGGCAGCCCCAUUUGCAGUAUCUCUGCCCGCUCCUGGAUCAGCAGAGAAGCUCGAGACCCCUCCCUGCUGAUCAAUGCCUGUGUCAACAAACUGCUACUGUACAGAGUUGUGGAUAAUGAAGGCACUCUGCAGCUGAAGAGGAGCUUCCCUAUAAAGCAUGCCUCGCAGCCCCUCCACAGUAUAUUCUGCCCUCUCAUGUCCUUCAGACAGGGGGCCUGUGUCGUGACUGGCAGUGAGGAUGCGUGUGUCUACUUCUUUGAUGUUGAGCGCAACACUAAGGCCAUAGUCAACAAGCUACAGGGCCAUGGUGGUCCAGUGCUGGACGUCAGCUUCAACUGUGACGAGAGCUUACUGGCUUCUGCUGACUCCACUGGCAUGGUCAUCAUUUGGAGGCGGGAGCAGAAGUGAAAAAAGGCCGCUCCCACUCGAACCGUCCAAUCGCAAGCCAUUAGAACUUUACUAUUAAAAAGCUAAAUAAACUGACAACUAGCAAUGAGAUAGGAAGGGAUAUCUAAAUAUUUAGGUUGGGAUUCAAUGCGGUCAGCUUUAGACCCACAUUAUUGCACCCAUAAUCACUAGUGGACAAACUACAUAAACCAAAAUGGCACCAUAGAUCUGUCAUUAACCAAACAGUUUGCAUGAGAUAACAAGCUGCAUUAAUUCUGGUGCCUUGGAAAAAUCCAAAACUUUCCUUCUUUUGAAUUUUGUAAGAGGGCAGUUUUGAUGUACAGACUUGUUGGUAAUUUGUUAAAGAGACAAAGUAGCUCUUUAUUCUAGUUGUAAUCUCAUCUUUGAAUACGUAUGGACCCAGAACCUCAAGCAUCUGUCCAAUUACAGAGACUUUAGUUUUGGGUUAACAUGCUUGACAUUUUUAAGUAAUUUCUUAUUGGGCUGACUCAUGGGUUACAUAGUGCUUUUUCUGCAACGUGUAAUUGGAUUGAAUCCCAACUUAAGUGUUCAGUGUUAAGAAAGCACUGUUCCUUAUUGAUGGUCAUGGGAGGCUUGCAUGUGUUAGGUUAGUACAUUAAUAACACAUUUUGGUAUGGAGCGAACAAUUCUAAAGUAGUAACGAAGCAGAAUGACAUAUAUAGCAGUCUUAUUGACAGCCUUCCUCUGGAGUUGCCCAUUUGCCUUCAAGCAUUCCUAUAGAUGCGGUAAAGAGAUCAAUCAAACUGGAAUAGAAUGAUGAGUUAAUACCAUAGCCCUCCCAUUAGAUUUUUUGAAUGUACUCCAGUGACCCACCCCCACUCGGCAUUUCAUUGAUCUCUUUACUACAUGUUUUAUAUGUUCAUUGUUCUACUAGGAUUUGCAUGGCAUUGUAUCAAGAACCUAUUGUAUAAGUCAGGACUGACAUCAGAAUAACUAGCCAAUGUGUAAAAAAAAAAAAAAAAAAAAAAAAAUUUGGGACCU